UCUACCUGCUGCAUACUGGAAAAAUGCUGUACCAAACAUUUACACUGCUCUUUGGAUUCGUUGUAGGUGCUCAAGAGACAUGGGAUAAGAAUAUUAUGAACGUGGUGAACACAACUGACCGUACUUGGAUAUACUCUGGAACACGAAAUGGAAGUGAAUACAAAUGUGCCUAUUACAGCAAGCCUCGAAUUAGUUGUCUCCAUCAAUCCUGUUUCUUUUCGUAUUUCUAUUACUUCGAGAAAAACUGUACGAAGCAAAGGGAGACCCGGGUCGCCGAAAUUCAAAAAGAGUGUCUUGUGAUGGAUUAUCGCAAGGAUCCGUGCAUAGUAACGCGGGAUAACACAACUAUACAUGAGAUUGAUUCGAAGGUUCUCCUCUACUGGGAUUCAGAAAAACAAUGUGGCGUCUAUAAAAUAUUGCCUGCACCAAGCAGAAAUAUCUCGUCAGGAGACCCUUCUGGUAAGCCUCAUUGUGAGCUGCACGUGAGAGGCAAAGCCAUAAAAGAAAGGCGGACCAAAGCAAGGUAUUUUAGUCAUUGCGAAGAAAAGUUGUACCAGCUAUGCAAUGAAGAGUAUAUUAAACUGGCCUACUACAGCGACCUCUGCUACGAGAAGAAACACUAGGACAGACAUAAUAAAAGGUUGAAUUCGAUCAGUUGCGAAGUCGCCGGAUUCAAGAUGAAUGUUCUACUUCAUUUUACUUAUUAUGUAACUAGGGCUUAAAAAUAAAGAUGACU